AUGAGUCUGUAUCUUGUCGAUUUUGCCAGGGAAGAGUUCAAGUCGUGGAAAAAAUGUACGACUAAGCAUGGACUUGGUUCUACCUGGAGAAUCCAGUGUGAGAAUGAAAGCUGUCCGUCGCACAAGACAAAUUCUAUUUUAAUUCUUCCAAGAAGAGUAGAGCGUUUGAAAUAAACUGGGCCUCAGUUCUUGGCCUUCGAGCAAUCGGUGGUGGACAUUCGGCGGCUUCAAAGUUUUUUAGUUUCCUUGGCCAGGCGCCGAUCAACAAAAACGCCUGGGUGGAUGAUACAAAAAAGAUCGAAGGAGAGGCAAAACUUUUGCUCGAGAAAGAAUUAAACCGUGCUUCUCGUUGUGUAAAAGAGUGGAAGUUUUCCAACAGAGAAUUAAACUGUUCACUUGAAGAUUUUGAAGGAAGUGUUGUGGACAUUGGGGUGACGAUUGAUGCCUUGUGGAGUGCACGAGGAUGGUCAGCUUCAGAUGCUGUGGUAGCCGCAAUUUCUGUUGACACAGGAAAAUUUUGUCCUUUGUCCACACUCGGUGUACCGUAUUUACUCGAUUAACCGCCCUGGGCGCUUAUUAAAUUUUUGGACCUUGAGGGUGGGCGCUUAUUCGAGGUGGGUGCUUAUUUGAGGCUGGGCGCUUAUUAACUUUUUCUGCCUUUAGGAUGGGUGCUCAUUUGAAGUGGGCGCUAAUUCGAGGUUGGGUGCUUAUUCGAAUAAAUAUGGUAAUUGAACUGACUGGAAGCAAAAUAAUUAUUUCCCGCUGCUUGCCGCAAAAGUUUGUUCCAGUUACAUGUUACCUGUCAAAGUCCUACUGUUAGAGAAAAUUGAUAUCAAUCAGAAUAAACAUUUAGGUGUUAUAAUCUCAUUCCAGGUAGGAUGCCGCCAAAAAUGUAUUUUCUAUUUUAUCUCCGAACGCAAAUUUUGCCGAUGGACUCGUACAUUUUGAACUCCAAGUCGGCAGCCUUUCACUCAAUUUGGCUAAAAUUUGACCAGAGUGAUGCCACAUAUCUCUUCUACAAAACCAUGUCUGCGAAUUUUAAUAUUCCUUUUCAUUUUAAAGCUACAGCCUUUUUUCCACAGGGAGUGUUGACUAAUUACCUUCCCCAGCUUCAUUUGCUAAUAAAAGAAAAACAAACGCACCUGUCAAAAAUCUGGGACAGUUUUUUAGUGAAACGUGUUGAGAAGCGAAUGUGGUGUUAAUUGUUUUCUUCCAUUUAUUUCUGGCGGGAGCGGAACAUGAUUUAUAGAGAUGUGUACUUUUACACAAAGCGUUCCAAUUUCGAGACACAUUUAAGUAAAUCUUUUUUGUUAGUUCAAAUCCAUAAUCUGGAAUUAUUAAGCUUUUAUAAAAUAUAUGGUUUAUAGGGGUUUUUAUAGAAACAACUAAUGCUACAGCGAUCCGCUUGCGGACGGUGCUGAAGGGUGGCUGAUACCUUAAUCCUCUCUCUAGACCAGUCCCAAAGUGAAGUUAAUUGUGUCACGGGCUUCAUUGAUACAAUUUAACAACUCCACCAGCUCAAGCUCGGUCCCUGUCCACACCAUGAAAACAUCAUCGAUGUAUCGUAACCAGAUGUAAGGUUUUACUUGUGCCUGGGAUAACAGCCUUCUCUCCAGUCUAUCCAUAAACAAAUUUGCAUAAGACGGUGCCAUUUUCUAGCAAUACCCGUCCCCAAAGUCUGAAGUUAAUGGUUUUCAUUAAAUUCAAAGUUAUUAUUCCUAAGCACUAACUCUGCCAGGUCUACAACUGUCUCUGUCGGUAUCUCCGGGUUCUCUCGAUUGUUGAGAGCCUCCCUGAUAGAUUGUAGUCCCUCAUCAUGGGGUAUGUGGGGAUAUAAUCCCACCACAUCAAUGGUCACCAUUAUCGCUCCGCUAGGGAGUGUACUGAUGUCACGGAGCUUCUUCAGAAAGUCAUUCUAUCCUGAUUGACUGGGACGAGCAAUGGCGGCGUAAAGACGCUUAUUGGGGCUGUCCGCAAUUUCUUCUGAUAUCCGAGGUCUCCGUAACGGCAAAUGGCCGAAUUCAUAUCUGAACUACUAGGAAAAAGGAGAAACAGGAUAUCUACCAGUUCAGACGACUCAACCUCUUCACCUGACAACAAAAAAUCUAGAAAAUCCAUCUCGACCGACAGAGAAAUAGCCGAAGAAGACACAAUCCUAACCACGCUAGAUAUGACAGCAAACAUGGCAAAAAAGCUUGAAGAAAUCCUUGAGCGUUUAAAAAAGCAUCGAGACAAAGCUCAACUGCCUAGAAGAGCGUACAGCAGUAUUGGAAAAUUUCAGACAAACUACGGAGAAAGACAUUAACGAUCUUAAAGAAAAUAGAAAUUUCACGAGCUCACAGUUAUCUGAAAUUUCGACUGAGCUAAAAAAUCACCAAGCUGCAAUCACUGAUUUAACACAAAAGGCAGAGGCGAGUAAAGAGUUAUUAAACGAACUUACAGCAAAAAAUCUCUACCUAGAAGCUUACUCCAGAAGAGAGAACAUCAGGUUUAUGAACAUAAAAGAUGGCUCCUCCGAUGAACCCGAAGAUGUCGAAGAAACCCUAAGAGAUUUCUUAGAACGCGAACUGGGCUUCCACAACGCAAGAAGCGUGGAAAUCCAAAGAGUUCAUCGAAGUGGAAAAAGCAAGAAUGGAAAGCCUCAGCCAAUACUGGCUCGUUUUCUGAGAUACAAGGAUGUCCAGAAAAUAUUUUCACUCGGGCACCGAUUAAAAGAAACCGAUUUCCAAAUGUUCCGCGACUAUCCUGCAGAAAUUGUCAGAAGACGCAAAGAGCAGAUGAAGACCUUCCAACAGGCCAGAAGAAACAACAUUCCUGCAUUCUUCAGUCUAUCGGAACCAGAUAAGUUAUUUAUUAGAGGUUGAGUGUGGCCUGUAGGAAAAAAACUGAUCAUUAAUCCUGAGACUGUUUCAUAAUUGUAUUACGGGGACAAACUUAAUAUUUUUUUUUUCCUUGCGGCUAGUCACCCCUUAGAGAUGCAAAGCGACCACCCAGCAAGAAAACAUUUUAACCUUGUCUUUGUUUUUUUUCGAUUUUUUUCUGUUUUGUUUUACUUUCAGUGCUUUGAAAUAUCUUUUUUUUAGACCUUUCUGUACGAAACCGACACUCUAUAUCUCAUUUGCACAAAUCAGAAUAAUCUCUCAUGCUAUUCUUCUUUGGGUGAAAAUUAUCAGUUUCUUCUUUCUUCACAGCAACAAAAGAAAUGGAACUUACAAUUGGUUCAAUUAAUGCUAGGGGAUUAGGAGACAGAAGCAAGCGACGGGAAUUCUUUAAUUGGCUGAGGAAAAAACAAAUGGCCAUAUAUUUUAUUCAAGAAGCUCAUUGUACCGAAAAUAAUAUGCAUGACUGGCGAGCUGAAUGGGGUUAUCAGGCCCUUUUCAGUUGCUGCUCUAGCAAAAAGGCAGGCGUUAUCAUAUUAUUUAACAACACUUUCACCUUUCAAAUUUCGCGAACAUACUGCGACCGUGGGGGACGCUAUAUAAUCUGUGACUUGAUUACAAAUGGGAAACACUUAACCUUGACAAAUAUAUAUGCUCCAAACAACGACGACCCAACCUUUUUUACCUCGGUCUUUGAGCGGCUAGCAGAUUUUAAGUGCGAUGAGGUAAUAAUUGGCGGGGACUAUAAUUUAGUUUUGGAUGUUGAGAAAGGUAAAAAAGGUGGCCUUGCAAAAACCCACAAAAAAUCGUUGGAAGUCAUAAAUAGCUAUUCCGAAGACUUAGACCUUAUUGAUGUCUGGAGAAUACAAAACCCUGAACAACGACAAACCCCGAAAUACAAUGCAGACUUGACUUUUUUCUCAUAAGUCAAUGCACAUCUUGCAACUCAAUCAACACAGAUAUAGUCCCUGGUUAUAAGACAGAUCAUUCAUUGGUCACGUUGCAAAUUUCGACGCAUAAUAACAUGAGAGGUCGGGGCUUCUGGAAACUAAAUACCUCAUUCCUAAAGGACGAAGAAUAUAUAAAGAAAAUACAAUCCAUUAUAACUCAAACUAAAGAUGAAUAUGCACUGGAUAAUACUGUCGAUCCAAACUUACUGUGGGAAAUGAUAAAAAUGAAAAUUAGAGAGACAUCAGUUGAGUUUGGCAGAAUAAAUAAGAGAAAAAUGUUUCAAAAACAAGAUGAUAAAGAAAAGACAAUCAAAAUCCUGGAGGAGCAGACCGCCAACAUUGAUGCCACUGACUGCCAAAAUGUAUGGUCAGAGUUAGAAAAGAAAAGACGGGAACUUGAAACCAUAAUCGAAUACCAGACAAAAGGGGCUAUUCUAAGAUCUAAAUCGCGAUGGUACAAUGAGGCCGAAAAAAACACUAAAUACUUUCUAAACUUAGAGAAGAGACACUGCAAACAAGGAACAAUUAUCCAACUGAAAGUUAAUGACAAAGACUUAAUCCAAUCCGACAGGGAAAUCUUACACAAGUGCGAGACCUUUUAUAAAAAUCUCUACAGUUCAAAAGUACAAGUUAACGAUUACCCGGAAGUUUUCUUUCCACCUGCACGAGAAGUAUUAAGUGAAGAAAGAAAACAGCAUUGUGAGGGUCUUUUAACUUCUAAAGAGUGUUUGGAAGCAUUAAACGGUAUGGCCACGGAAAAAACACCUGGUACUGAUGGCCUGCGGUGUGAAUUUUAUAAAGUUUUUUGGAAAGAUGUAGACGAAACACUAACAGAGGCCCUAAACUUUUCUUACCAAACAGGAAAACUCGCUGUAUCACAAAGGCGAGGAACUGUCAAGCUUAUACCGAAGAAGGAUGCAGAUCCCAACCUGAUUAAAAACUGGCGCCCAUUGACACUAUUAAACUGCGAUUAUAAGAUUGCAUCAAAGGCUAUUGCAAAUCGAAUCAAAACAGUUCUACCGGAACUUACAUCAGAAGAUCAGUCAGGCUUUAUUAAAAACAGAUGUAUCAGUGACAAUAUACGCACAUUAGAUAGUGCUAUUAAGUAUGCAGAAAACAAAGGUUUACGCGGUCUACUUCUUUUCCUCGAUUUUGAAAAAGCUUUUGACACGUUAGAGUGGUCAUUCAUAAACCAAACGUUACGGCACUUUGGGUUUGGCCCCUCACUGUUAAACUGGGUUGAACUAUUUUACUGCAAUACCGAAAGCUGUAUACUAAACAAUGGAUGGGCAAGCAAUUUCUUUGAGUUAAGUAGAGGUGUUAGACAAGGCUGCCCCCUAUCGCCUUACCUCUUCAUACUGUCCGUAGAAAUACUCGCUGAAGCUAUUCGCAAUAAGCAAGAAAUAAAGGGCAUCAAAAUCUAUAAUACCGAAGUUAAAGUAAGUCAAUAUGCGGAUGACACGACACUCAUUUUAGAUGGAACUGAAGAAUCAGUAAGAGCGUCACUGUUACUGAUAGAAGCAUUUGGGAACAUAUUUGGCCUAAGGCUGAAUAAUGAGAAAACAGAGGCCUUGUGGAUAGGUUCUAAAAGAAACUGCAACCUGAAACUCUGUCCGGAAAAAAAUUUUAAAUGGCAAAAGGGAAAGGUCAAAGCACUAGGCGUGUGGCUGUCUACAGAUCAACAGUUAACACUCUCUCUCAAUUACAACGAGAAAUUGGCAAAAAUCCAAACUAUCCUGGGAUGCUGGAAAUUUAGAAGACUUAGCUUAAUAGGGAAAAUAACAGUACUAAAAAGCCUUGUAGCAUCCCAAUUGCUCUAUAUACUCACACCUUUGCAAACUUUGCAAAUUUUUUUCCACCAAGCAAUAAAAGAGAUCAACAAGCUUUUUGUCAAUUUCUUAUGGAACGGCAAAAAGGAUAAAAUGAAACGCUCGAUCAUGAUCAAUGACUACCCUGAAGGAGGACUAAAAAUGAUUGAUAUUGCCUCUUUUAACAAAUCUCUCAAGGCUACGCGGAUUAAAAAGUAUCUAGAUUCAGGAAACCGUGGCAAAUGGAAAAACUUCUUUAAUCUGGCGCUGGGAAAAUACGGGGGAAGUCUUUUUUUGGAAUUAGGAAAUCUUAACAGAAAGGAUAUUGAUAAGCUAAAGAUAGAAGACCCUUUUAUCAAAGAAAUUGUAGAAAUUUGGUCUGACACUUUCUUCGAGAGGAAAAUAGUAUCAAAAGAUCAUUUUCUAUCUCUACCUCUGUUACAAAAUUCAUUAAUAAGAAUAAAUAACGCACCAGUUUUCUGCAAUAAUUGGCUUAACAAGGGUAUAACAAAAGUUAAACAUCUAAUGGACGAGAAUUCUCUCAACUUUUUUUCCCUCGACCAUUUUCAGAACAGAUAUAACAUUUGAGUAAAACCAUUAAUGUUUUUUGGAAUCGUCUCAGCCGUGAAAUCUUUACAACGACAAAUCCCGAGAACACAUCAGCAGUAUGAAAGUCCUCUUAACACAUUUCUCAAAGGCCAAAAAUCAUCUAGAAUUGCUUACAAGCAACUAAUAGCAAAUAAAAGUGAAAAACCCACAUCUUGUAUAGACAAAUGGCAUAAAGACAUCCACUCUUCAACCGAUAAAAAUGCUGACUGGAGAAACGUUUUUCAAGCAGCAAACACUUGUACAACGAGCUCAAAACUAAUUGAUUUUAAUUUCAGAUUUUUACACAGACGUUUACCAACUAACAGCUAUCUGCAAAAAAUAGGAGUUAAAGAGGACGGAAAAUGUACUUUUUGCCAUGACGAGAAAGAAGAUUUGGUCCAUCUAUUUUGGAAAUGCCAAAAAACCAAAAAUUUUUGGGAUAAUUUCUCGAUAUGGCUUCAGUCGUGCCAGAUCCUCCAACCAGGCAGUUACUUAGACAUGACUACCGCUUUGGGCCUAACGCCAGACAGCUCUUCCUUUAAGCUUCAUAUAAACUUCUGUUGUCUUAUAGCUAAGAACUUUAUCUGGAUAUGCAGAUCAAAAGAAUGUUUCCCAAUUCACAACAAUUUCUUGUUUUAUUUGAGACAUAUAUACCAAUUAGAAAAUAAGACACCGCGCAAUACAAAAAAUGGAAACCUUUCUUUUCCUCGCUGGGUCUUGUCUCCUAACUCCAAAAACAUAAAUUAGUGCACCUACUAUGAGUAUUUAUAUUACUUUCACCACAAAGAAAGAAAAAAAAAAUGUAAAAAUUAAUUAUAGAUUAUACUAAGUACAGUAAUAUAUGGAAUUACCAUUGCUGUAACGUAUUUUAAUAUUUGUAAGUAUAUUGCCAUGUAAGUGUGUAAAUUCGCUAUUUGUUUUUUUUUGUUACUUUAUUUGUUACUUUUUUUUUCUUUUUAUUACUUUAUUUAUUCUGUGUAAUUUUUGUUUCUUUUCUGUGUGUGUAUUACUUGCAAUAAAUAAAAAAAAAACUAAAGAUAUUUAUAAAACCUAGCCAAGAGUAGACAAUGACUCAGAAAUAAAAUAUCUCCUCCUUUCCUUGUAAAAAAAAAAAAAAAAAAAAAAAGUCAUUCUAUCCUACACAUAAGAUAGUACUGCUGCGAUGAGCGGUUUCAGGUGGUGAUCAACAAAUGCCGAGAUCUUUUCCAUUAGCGUAUUAAAUCCAGAGAUAACUGGUCUACCUGGGCAACCUCUCUUAUGUAAUUUAGGCAGAAGAUAAAACCAUCCAACUCUUGUCCCGCCAUUAACAAGUAAAUACUCCAAAGUUCUGUCACUUAUGUGUCCAUCACUACAUGCUUUGUUCAAGCUCUCAUUAACCUUCUCGAUCAUAAACCCGGUGGGGUCCAUCUCCAAAGAGACAUAUACUGCACUAUCACCCAAUUGUCUCGUAGCCUCUGUGACGUACCGUUCCUUAUCCAUAACAACCACCGCUGAUCCCUUAUCUGCCUGCUUGAUAACGAUGUCAUCAUAACUCCUUAAAUCCUCGCGAGCUUUUUGUUCUUCUUUGGUGAGGUUCUGGUGGCACUUCUCCUUUAGGUUGGAUUCCCGGAAGAUUUUCUCCUCGAGCGCACUCGUGUACACUUCAAGAAAGGGAUCUCUAUUCUUGUCCAGACACUGGCUAGAUUUUUUUUUCUAAAAGCCAGAAUCUUGGAGAAAUCCCCAUCGCUUUCCUCGUCACUGUAGAAAUAUUCUUUCAAACGGUUCCUUCCUACGUAGUUUAACACAUUCUUCCUCAGAGUAUAUACAUCAAUUUCGGUUGGGGUAGGGCAGAACGAUAAACCCUUAGAGAGAAGUGCAUUCUCCGCCUCACUUAAUGUCCUAUCUGAUAAAUUAACAACAACCUGAAGUCCAUCACUAUAAACCUGGUCACUAACAGAACCUAAACCUACAAAUUCAGAAGCAGUGAGACUGGGAAGCAAUGGCAGUGUGAAGACGUGUCGAAAGACCGUCUGCGUAACACUACUCUUUUGCCGUGGAUGCGGGAAUGGAAAAAUUUUUUAAGUUAUUGCUAAGUAAAAGAAGAACAAGACAGCUAUCCUCCGAUAGUUCUCUACAUACCUCACCAGAACCAAAGAAACUUAAAGAGUGUGAUAGUUCUAACUCUUCCAAAGGCGAACGCGAAGAAGGUGACGAUAUUAUUCUAUCUGCUCUGAAUAUGGCUGAAAACCUUCAAAAACCACUGCAAGAUAUUCGUAAGAAGCUUGAAAAGCUGGAUGCCACCGAAGAAGCAGUGAAUAACCUCGGGAAGGAAUGCCAUUAG